AUGCCUUGCCUUCUCAAGACCUUGACUGGUCUGUCGCUUGCCUCACUCGCUCUCUCUUCGCCUCUGCAAGCUCUCCAGAAUGGUAUCGGAAGCCCUUGUGCGGCGGCGAGCGCUGCUGUCGCGGCAAAUGUUUCUCAGACUUCGCCACCUAGAGUACCUGCGCAAUUGGCAUACGAUUGUCUUACAUCAGUUCCAUUCAACCAGUCAGCUGCUCUGGCUCUUGUAGACGGAAUUCCUGCGUACUUCAGGUGGCAAAGCAAUACGGCGUGGUUGAAGGACCCACCAGAGGAGUAUGCAACAAAGGUUCAGCCAGGCAUCGAUGUUUGGGGCGGCCUUGCAGACAUCAGAUCGAAGGUUGUCGGUGGAAAGUAUGCCAACGAAUACGAGACCCACGACGGCCAUUUCGCCUUCAUACCGGACGUGAUUGGCAAUGUGUUCGCCUUCGCAAGACCUGUACCACUUGUUUCGGUAUCUGCAGAUGGCAAGCAGCUGCCAAAGCCGUAUGUGUAUGCUGAUGUCGUAGCUGAGUCGUUUAGCAACGCGACAUACACUGCUUCUGCGGUAUCAAAGAUCAAUGGACAGGAGGCGAAAGAAUAUUUGGAGAGCUGGGCACAAAUUGGUGGACUACAGGAUCGUGAUGCUUUGUACAACAACUUGUUCUAUGAGCUUGCCAUCGUUUCGCUUGGCCCUGCUGGAGCUGGUGUCGGUACCUUUGCUGGAGGUAGUCGUGGACGUUGGGUCUUUCCCAAUGCCACCACCGAACUCACAUUUGAGAAUGGCACCAGCAGGAAAUACGAAAACUAUGCAAGGGUGUUGGUAAACCUUACCGGUAUCACAGAUGGCAAAAGUCUGUACAACAAGUACUUCACUGGGCCACCGCCAGGUACCAAGCGUACCAACGGUUACCCACCUCCAGUCAUACGUGACAUCAGGAAUCUGAUUGGUGGUUACUACCUCGAGGGCGACUACUCCGACGUCGCUGUCCUCUCUGUUCCAUCUUUUGUCGGCGCGGACGGCCCACAAAAGAGCUUCCAAGCUACGGCCGUCUCUUUCCUUGAAUCUGCCAAAGCUGCUGGAAAGAAGAAGCUCGUGAUCGACCUGUCUGCGAAUGGUGGCGGAACCAUUCUCCUUGCCUACGAGCUCUACAAGCUUCUCUUCCCUAACAACAUUGACCACGCCGCUGAUGAUCGCAUCCGUGCCUCUGAGAGUAUCGAUCUCAUUGGCAAGAAACUCUCUGAAGUCGCUGGUACAUUCCCAAGAAUCCUUGUCAACAAAACGGACAACGAAACUCUUCGCGAUCUCAACAGCAACAUCGCUGCUUCAAUGUUCAACUACCGCUCCGACAUGACCCCCGAGGGCAAGAACUUUGAAAAUUGGGCGGAAAAGUUCGGACCUCUUCAGCAGAAGGGCGACAACUUUACCAACCUCUUCCGCUGGAACUUCAGCGACGUGCUAGUCACCUUGUACAGUAACGGCAUCAAUAUACACGGAUAUGGUCCGCUGAAGAACUACACCACCCAGCCUUUCGCUGCCGAAGACAUUGUCGUCGUCACCGAGGGCUACUGUGCUUCUACAUGCACCAUCUUCUCCGAGCUCAUGCGCCAGCGUGCAGGCGUCAAGUACAUUGCACUCGGCGGGCGUCCGCGCGAGGGCCCUAUCCAAGCCGUCGGCGGUGUAAAGGGCACCAACAGCCAGGGAUGGGAUUUCGUCCAAAACGUGGCGCAGGCCAUGGUGACGGAGCUCAACAACACGCUCGAAGAAAGCAAAAUGUACAAUCGCACCGAAUUGGGACAGUACUUUGACGACACAGUCUUCAACCGCGCUGCUGUCAACAUCACGCCCGGCAUCAAUUUCCGCGACGGCAUCCGCAGCAAGGACCUCGCCUCCAACACAGAGGCCACCAACGACAUCCCGCUGCAAUUCGUCUACGAAGAGGCAGACUGUAGGAUCUUGUACACCAAGCCCAUGACAACCGACGUUACGAAUAUCUGGAAGGCCGUUGCCGACACCGCAUGGGGCGGCAAGGACCACUGCUUCGCUGGGAGCCUGGGCGGAUACAAGAAGAGCUCGCUGGCGAAGCGGGAGCUGAGCGUUUCCGAACGUGUGCUGAGCAAGAAGAUAAGUGCGUGGAGGAACCAGUUGAGUCCCGCGGACUACCCGCUCGAGGUGUUUACCGAUUUGGGCAAGGCCAAGUUGAGCGGCGAUGGUAUCAUGUACCCAUAG